GAGUCAGCAAAGCACAUCCAAAGUUGAACGCAUGUGGCCAAAAGUCCAACGCGUUCCUUCUUCACCGACGACCGCCCAAACCGAGGCAUCCGUUCCACAUCUCCGUGGGGAGCUCCUCUUCCAUCAUCAAUUCAUCGAGAAAUCCGCAUCCUCCGACGAUCGGUGUCAGUUCUCCUUUGAUUGAGCGAUGGAGGCGUCGUCCAUCACCGACCAAGAAGAAUGGACUUUAGUCGACAGGAAAGACACAAGCUCUGGUGUUGAUGCAGCUGCUGAUUCUGGCUCUGGAAUCCCCUUCUCUAGAAUCUCAGUGUGGACUAGAUGGGCGUUGGGAUCUGUGAUUGGGUUUGCCGUGCCCCUGUGCAGGAGAAUUUUGAGGACAGAGGAUGCUGUAGCGAAGGCUGCUGAAAGUGGUGCAGAAGCUGUGGAGAAGAUUGCUAAGGCAACAGAGAAGAUAGCUUCCGAAAUCGCUGAUGAACUCCCUGACGGUGUAAGCCUCAAGGAGAAGGCCCUGCAGAUCGAGCAGAUUUGCGAAGAAGUUGACAGGGAUGCGGAACGAGCUGAAAUCUUCAUUCAUAAGGUUGAUCAUAUAAAGGCAGAGGUGGAUGCAAUUGUUGAGCCCAUCAUUGAGAAAGGAGAAGAAAUAGAGAAGGAAAUCCAAGAACAGGAAGGCAAAGGCCAACCCAUCAGCCAAAAGCAGUAGCUAGCUGCCAAAGGCAUUAAUAGUCAGAAAUGAUCCAUUGUGCAAUCACCAUCGAUCCUCGAUUUCUGUACAUAUCAUUGGGUUUGUGUGCAUAGACUUCUCAUGCCGUAAAUGUUUGUGCAAGUUGCACUGAAUACCAUAAGCAACCCUGUGGCCCCAAUUUGUCAGGUGCAGAAAAAUGUCACUCUACAAUCAUCGUCAAUCGUCACUGUACAUAAUAUUAGGUUUGUAUUCAUAAACAUUUCAUGCUGAUGUAUGCUAUGUCCAAGUUGUGGGGGCGAAUGCCAAAAGGGAAAGUAUGCCCCUAAUUUGCAAGUUGAAGAAGGAAGCUUGAACUUUUCUUAUUC